GUCAGCUCGAUUGGCAACAAAAAAAACGACCCUUGCUCCGCCCAUUUCUCCCAGUUCGAAGGAAAUGCUAGCCACAAUGUGAUACAACACGGCCGGGGCGCUGUACACUAACGGUGGCUCUCUUGCACAGAAUUGCCAAACGAAAGCGUUUGUGGCGUGCACAAUCGCUGUGCAACAAGGCGAACUGAACGAGGAUUGAGUGCUAAACGCCAUGCAAUGAAGACGGACACAUCGUUGAGGGUCCUUUUGCAUGCUGUAAAGCCCAUGGACACAUACAAACAGUAGAAGUGUCUGUGCAGGCGUGCAGGCCAGGCCUCCUAGCCCAGCGGAGCUGUCUCUGUGUGUGAGCAGCAGGGGUGGACCAGCUCCCCGGGGCCUCUAUGUGAGUCUGGCCUGGUGAUGAGGUCCAACAUGUGGCGGCGGCUGGCGCUGGUGCUGAUCCUGGCGUGGGCCCUCCUCUUCCUGGCGCUCCUCUCCUACUUCCUGGAUGCCCGCGUCGACGAACCAAUGGCCUCCGCCGGCUCCUCGCUCUCCAUGCACCCCGACACCCGCCGCCUGUCGUCCAUCCAGGCCUCCCACCACCACCACCAUCAGCAGCAGCAGCAGGCGGUCACGGGUUCGAGACCCAACCCGACGGCCAUGCGCGCCCUGGAGCCGGAGCCGGAGCCCCCCGCCGCCACCGCCUCGCCGGCCCCGCGCUCCGGCCUGGAGGCGGGCCAGAACCCGAGCGGCGGCCCCUACGCCAUGUACGCCAGCCAGGAGGCCAACCGGGGCGUGGACUACCUGGACCCCCAGAGCCUGGCCGCCUGGUCCUCCUUCGGCACGGAGAACGUGGGCUCCCAGUCCUACCCGGGCACCCACAGCCGCGAGAGGACGCCCAGCGGACCCCCGGAGAGCCGCGGGCGAGGCGUCGAGGAGGCGGAGGAGGCGGAGGAGGCGGAGGAGGUGGGGCAGGAGGAGCAGGAGCAGGAGCAAGAGCAAGAGCAAGAGCAGGAGGAGGCGGAUGACCGAAAGAGGAACAGGCCCGGGGGGGACUCGACAGACCCGGAGGAGUACUACUUCCUCAAGUUCGGCUCUGUGGUGCAGCGGUUGUGGCGGGGUCGCGUGUCGCCCGGCAUGCUGAGUCCGCGGCUGCAGCGCGCCAUGAAGGACUACCUCAGCGCCAACAAGCACCACGUGGCCUUCAAGGGCCAGCGCAGGCUGGGCCAGAGCCCCAAGGAGCUGCUGUGCGAGCUGAAGGCGCAGGCCCGGCUCUGGACGCUGGACGGCUCGGAGCAGCCCUUCUCGUCGCUGGGCUGGGCCCGCCUGGUGCCCGAGCUCAGCCUGGAGCAGCUCUACCGACGGCCGGGCGUCGGUGGCUUCAAGACCUGCGCCGUGGUCACCUCGGCCGGGGCCAUCCUGCACUCGGGGCUCGGCAAGGAGAUCGACAGCCACGACGCCGUGCUGCGCUUCAACGCGGCUCCGACGGAGGGCUUUGAGAAGGACGUGGGAAACAAGACCACCAUUCGCAUCAUUAACUCGCAGAUCCUGGCCAAUCCUAAGCAUCAGUUCGAAAGCAGUUCUCUGUACAAGAAUGUAACUCUGGUGGCAUGGGACCCUGCACCUUACACCAUCAACUUACACAUGUGGUACGCCAGCCCUGACUACAACCUCUUUGGGCCCUACGUGAAGCGCCGGAGGCAGCAACCCCGGCAGCCCUUCUACGUCCUCCACCCCAGCUACGUGUGGCGACUGUGGGAUGUGAUCCAGGGCAACACGCAGGAGAGCAUCCAGCCCAAUCCGCCCUCGUCGGGCUUCAUAGGAACCCUCCUGAUGAUGGCGCUGUGCGAGCAGGUCCACGUGUACGAGUACAUCCCGUCUUUGCGGCAGACGGACCUGUGUCACUACCACGAGCACUACUACGACGCGGCGUGCACGCUGGGCGCCUACCACCCGCUGCUGUUCGAGAAGAGCCUGAUCCAGCGCAUCAACACGGGGCCCGAGGCCGACCUCAAGCAGAAAGGCCGGGUCACGCUCCCGGGCCUUGGCUCCGUCAACUGUGAAGGCUGAACCCUUCCGCAUUCCGCGUCUGAGGACGACCAAUACCACAAUGAUGUGCUACAAACGCCCACACACACACACACACGCGCGCGCACACACACACACACACACACACACACACACACACACACACACACACACACACACGCACACGCACAAACACACACACAUCCCCCCCCUCCCCCCCACCACCCCGUUGGCUGACAAGGGGGAGGAGUGCAAUAAUGCCACAGGAGAUAAGGGGUUCGUCGGUGAUGGAGGGUGGGGGGGGGGCUGGAACACAAGGAAAUAUAUACAGUAUACAGAAGAUCAGACCCAUGAUGAACAAUAAGCCAUAACCCCGUAAAGGUGGGAUCAACUUUGGGGCAUUGGGAGAAGACGUCAUCUCCGUCUCCUUAACCCGGCGUGUCAGGUGUUUUUGUGUGUUUUGAAGCGACAGGCGGUUGCACCACUGUUCCAAACGGACUUCCUGCUUUAGCUGAGCCAUGUUAGCAGUGGAGCUGACGCGGGUAGCAAUAGGUCCAUGUUUUUAGGUCGUCGGUGUCUGGGUGUGAUUUGAGUAUUGUGAACUCUUGUGUCGGUCGACACAUCUUUUGGGUGGUCACCCACUUGGUCUAUCGGAGGGAGAAAGAAAGAAAUAUCACUGUAAUGUCGGUGAUUACUUUUUUUUUUAUAUUAGUCCACGGAGUUGUGGACAUCUUACGACUGCGGUGGUCUGCACUGAAUGUCAUUCUCUCUGACGCACACGCGCGCGCACCUGUGCGCACGCUCAGCUCAGCUUCAUUUAGAAGCUGUACAUCAGACAUACAUGAGUGUAUAGGUCAUCAGUAUUAUUGUUUAACAGGCUGGAUGUACAUUUUACGCACGACAUUAAUAUUUGUAUUUUGACCUUUCUUCAAAAUAUCCUGUCAAGCCAGAAAGCGGUUUCAAUUUUUUUGGGAGUCAAAUAUCAGGGUUUUCUUCUUGGUAUUGUUCUCAUCAAUCAGAAUUGAAAACACAUGGCUGUGCCUGUGUUUUAAGGCACGGACAUGUUUUAAUCUGCAUGACAUGACAACACACCCAGGCACACGCACGCCAACUGGCAAUGGGAUUGUCCCUCCUAGCACUUGAAGGGCGACAUCUGAAUCGAUCCCAAACGGGUUUGUCGGAGAGGCAGUCUGAGAACCCAGUGCCUGGUUGUCUACAGAACACAACCCUGGAGAAACAUGCAGUAUCCACCCAUUCUUAGUGCUCCUGUCGAAGCCAGCGGUGUGCACUGUGCCACACAAUACGGCGCAUAUCAGCCCGUAUUAGAAGGCCAGACGGUCUUCUUCCCAUUGAAUGUAACGAUAAACCUUACAUAAUUGUCAUAUCUGCUUGGUGAGAGCGCUGCUGAAAUCGUGUCGGUCUGAACACGCGAUUCACUGAACGUGUUUAGCUCUCGUGCGUCGUGUGCGACGGCACGGCCUCCGUCCCUUUCCGCCGAGUACGUACAGCCUACUCAUAUGUCCUGAAUCCCCCCUCCACGUCAAUUUUGAUUUGUUCUUUGUUCUGUGAUCCGCGUAAGCCCCGCCCUAGCUAGAUGGCGAACCUGUGGAACUCAUGGCGCAGAUAUCCACAGCAGCCGGGGUCACCGGGUCAGGGUCUUGCCGUGCGUACGCAGCGAGAGCGCCGGAGCGCCUUUAAGCUAGCACAGAUAUAUUGGCGGAGCAGCGGCCCAGCCUAAAGUGUUUGUAAAUGUCACGGGAACGGUGUUCAUCUGUGGGCGGGAAAUAUCACCCGUAUUCCUCGAUUGAAUUUUGGUGAAGUGCAUUCUCUUCUAAAGAGGAGUCACUGUGUGCCAUAAUGGUGUGUGUGUGGUAGAUCCAAAUGUGCUCAAAAGUACGUCCUUGUUUUUGUUUUUUAACUCUUGUCCGGGUCCGCCUGGAAUAGUUAAGCUUUUGUAAAAAAAAAAAGAAUAAGAAAAAAGAGUUGUCUUUGUUUGUUGGCAAUCAUGGUGCCUAGCAUUGUUCUGUGUCAACUGGUUUUAAUACGACUAUACGGCACCUGUUGAAAGGAGCUGGCCAGAUAUUGAAAUUGUUUUAGAUGACAAAUCUCUGGCUUGUGUUUGUGUAAAAUAAUUAUUUCAUUAAGCUUGUGGUAAUGCAAUAUGAUAUGGAGUCGGUUGACUUUUUUUUCCAUUUUUGCCCCAGCUUUUCCUUAUUGGUCGUGCAAAGAAAAUCAGUGAAUUUGUUGAUUUUAUUGUACAAAAAGGUAACGGAUAACAUUUUAAAUAUAAUGUACAUAAAUCCAUUUCGUUUUUUUUUUAUUCUAAUCUUUGUUUUUAAACGUUCCGAUGCACAGAGCAUGUAAAUCUGAGUGUGGACUGAAAGUCUUAUACGGUGUGUGUGGGUGAUUUAUUAUUAUCCUUUUUUUCCAGGGGUUUUGCCAUUACCAGUGCAUGUGUGUGUGGAUAGGUUGGUCGUCUUUGCAGCUAUUGCCUUUGCCCUGGAAGCACUCAAAGACAUGCUGUGCCCUAUAGCAGAUACGAUGCGUUUGACCAAAUGGUGCCAAAUGUAAAAUCUUUAUUGAUGCGUUGAUGGCAGGCAAGGGGGCACUCCUUAAGGAGCUGGAGCUUCUUGUUGCCGGCCGGAUUCGAUUUUGAAUUGAUUUACCCUAAAAAAAGAAAUACAUGAAAUAGAAAGCUCUGUGAGGUGUGGGAUCUCCCUCUUGCUAUUGAACGAGGUGCACCGUGCCUAAACCUGCCAACAAGGCCCUUUUGGGCUCGGAAGCUUGUGGAUCAGUAUUGCUCUCUCUCUUUUCAAUGGGCCUCCAUGACGUCUCCAUGUCACGUUCUGUGGCCGGUGCUGCUGGUUCCAACCCUUCCCCGCCCCCCUAACUGUUACAGGAGGAGGAGAGGACAAGAAGCACCCGGACACAAUGCUGGUCUCAAACUCUCUUCGGCCUUUGAAAAAAAGAAAGCCACCACGACCCGUCACUGAAGUCCCCCUUUCUUAAACUUGAAUGAAUAUUUAAAUAACCGACUGUUUAAAUGAUGAUCAGCUUUUCUUUUGUUUGUUUUUUACCAUUCAAAUAAAGAUGUUGUAAAUGUAGAA